GCAGACACAGACACAGAGUAGGCAGCAGGAGCCCUUAACUACCGGUACUCUAACUGCUCUAUAUUGGAUAACAUACUGGCUAUUCUAUUACUCAAUCCCUGAAGGACUUCAAUCUCUGAUUCACCCUAAAAGGAAGCUUUUUUUAAAAUCUGAAGAUCAUUUUGGUACAGAGAAGUGCUGGAAAGAGUAUCUCAGCUGAGCCCCUGGGGUGGUUUGACUGUAUGGAGGCUGAUUGGAGGAGGCUGUCCAUCCUGGGAGGCUUGUUGUGAGGUGAAAGGUCAUCAUUCCGAGGCCAGAGUCUUCUGCAGCCCCGGAGGAGCUUCACUUUCACAACAGAGCACAGGUCUCCCAUUUAGGGAGCCCAGACCCACAGGAAGAGAGGGAGAUAAAAUAAACACAGGAGAAAAGGGCGCUGUUCAUGAAUUCCCCCAAAUCCUGAAAGACAAACAGUGUGAGUUGGCUGGCAGUCGUGAGGAGAGGAGCCAUGUGGACAAUAAGCAUAGCCCAGCUCUGUUUCCCGGCCUUCACUCUCCUACUGGCCUACGCCUUCGUCCAAGCAGCUGCCACUGAGGACGAUGUCACUCCACGGCUCAGCUUCACUUACAAUGCAAAGGAGAGAUCAGCCAAAAGAUUCUCUGUGGAUGGAGUCUUCAAUUACACCUCUCUGCUCCUCAGUAAGGAAGAUAACAUGCUCUAUGUUGGAGCACGAGAGGAGCUCUUCGCCCUCAACCUCUCUGAUAUCAGCAGAGUCAAACUACAACGCAAUCUUACAUGGAGCACCCCGGAAAGGAAGAGAGACGAGUGCAGUUUCAAAGGCAAAGACCUACAGACGGAUUGCUUCAAUUACAUCAAGAUUUUACUGCGUGUGAACAGUACCCAUCUAUACGUGUGUGGAACGUACGCCUUCAGUCCAAUCUGUGCAUAUAUAAACACAGCUGACUUCACCCUGGUGAGAAGCCAGACUGGAGAGAUAGUGACAGAGGACGGACGCAGCCGCUGCCCUUUCAACCCUGAGUACAAGUCCACUGCCAUCAUGGCCGAUGGAGAACUGUAUGCUGGUACGGUCAGUAAUUUCCAAGGAAAUGAACCUAUCAUUUACAAGAGCCUGGGCCAAGGCGCUGCCCUAAAAACAGAAAACUCCUUGAACUGGCUUCAAGACCCAGCCUUUGUGGGCUCUGCCUACAUCCAGGAGAGCCUGCCCAAAGGCAACCCAGUGGGCGAUGACGAUAAGAUUUACUUCUUCUUCAGCGAGGCGGGAAAGGAGUUUGAUUUUUUUGACAACACCAUUGUGUCACGCAUUGCUCGCGUGUGUAAGGGUGACAAAGGAGGAGAGAGGGUGCUGCAGAAGAAAUGGACCACCUUCCUAAAAGCCCAGCUCCUUUGUUCGCUGCCUGACGAUGGCUUCCCCUUCAACAUCAUCCAGGACAUGUUUGUGUUGACGCCCAGCCCAGAAGACUGGAAGAACACCGUGUUCUAUGGGGUCUUCACUUCACAGUGGUAUAAAGGGGCCUCUGGCAGCUCAGCAGUGUGUGCCUUCACCAUGGACCAGGUGGAGAAGGCCUUCAACGGCCGUUACCGGGAGGUCAACCGGGAGACCCAGCAGUGGUACACCUACAACCACCCUAUCCCUGAGCCACGGCCUGGAACGUGCAUCACUAAUGCAGCCCGGGACCAGGGCAUCCCCUCCUCCAAGCACAUGCCUGACAAGGUACUGAACUUUGUCAAGGACCACUUCCUGAUGGACAGUGUGAUCCGCAGCCAGCCCCUCCUGCUGAAACGCAGCGUCCGCUACACCCAGAUAGCUGUCCACCGGGUCCAGGUCAUCCACAAACACUACAAUGUGCUCUUCAUUGGAACAGAUGACGGGAGACUCCACAAAGCCAUUAAUGUCAACAACAAGAUGCACAUCAUUGAGGAGAUGGUGCUCUUCACUGACCCCCAGCCUGUAGAACACAUAGAACUGGACUCUGAGAAGGGCCUGCUGUUUGUGUCCUCCUACUCUGGCUUAGUGGAGGUCCCUGUGGCUAACUGCUCCAACUACCAGAGCUGUGGAGAGUGUGUCCUGUCCAGAGACCCUUACUGUGCCUGGACAGGGAGGCAGUGCCUGGAUGUCAGGCUGGCUCCACCAGAUAGCCACUGGCAGCAGGAUGUGGACGAGGCAGACACAUCAGUUAUCUGCAACAAGACACAGCCCAGCCCUCGCUUUGCUAAACACCCACCCACACGGAUGUCUUCAUGCCAGGUGAUAAUGAUCCCAGCCAACACAUUCAAAGUGCUGCCCUGUAAGCUGCGCUCCAACCUGGCUGAGAGGAAGUGGGAGUACAGUGAGGGUGCAGGUCACUUCCUGUACCCCAGUCCUGAGGGAGGUCUAGUGGUGGUGGCCCAUGCUGACAGACAGGAGACCUAUGAGUGCUGGUCAGUGGAGGAGGGCUUCAGGCAGCUCCUGGCCAACUACUGUGUGAGAGGUGAGGCCAGGCAGGAGAGUACCACCCUGAUCGGCCACUCACGCACCCCUCUUGUCCCCCAGGAGGAGCCAAUCAUCCUACCCGGAGAGACCCGCUCCCCGCAGAUCAACACCAAGACCUACUGGAACGAGCUGAUUGUGGUGUGUGCCCUGCUGGGCUUCUCCCUGGUGGUCUUCUCCCUGUUUGUGGUUUACAGGAACCGUGACCGCAUGAAGUCCAUGCUGAAGGAGGGUGAGUGUCCCAACAUGCAGCAGAAGAAACCCAGGAUAGUGGGGAAGCCGGCAGAAAACCUGCCUCUGAAUGGCAACAGCACAGUGCCAGUGUCGGUGUCAGACCACAAGGGUUACCAGACACUCAAUGACAACUACAUCUGCAACACGCCGCCACAUGAGUGCUCAUCACCAGACAACAGCAAGAGCUUCUCGGAGUCAGAGACGAGGCCUCUAAACUUAAAGGAGAGCACUGUCGAGAUCUCGCCCACCUGCCCGCGGCCUCGGGUGAGACUGGGCUCAGAGAUCAAAGACUCCAUUGUGUGAGGACAGCUUUGAUCAACUUGAGCAGGAUAUAAAACUGUAAUGCGGAGUGACUAACUAUGAACUGUAAGGAAAGAGGGGACUAUAAGUGAAAGAAAAGAAAAACACAAAAGGAGGGAACACUGAAAACCGUCAACCUCUUCUCAGAGGGACAUUUCAUUACACUGAUUUUGCACAUUUGUCUUUUUCAUUUUGUCCCUGUGGUCAGUUCUCAUUUCCUUGUUUAGUCACUCUUCUUUCUCUAGUGCAUCUGAAGCACAAUGAAGAGAAUCUGAUACAGAUUGCCUUUAGACUAUUGAAUCUGUGGAAUGAUGCUCAUGGUGGGUAUAGGACACAUACAGCUGAUAUUGUCCUUCUGUAACAGUUUGUAUAUGGUUUAGUCAUGUUUGUAUGCAUUGCCACUCAAUCCGUCCAAAUGCUCUGUUGGCAUUGCAUUGAAAGUAGAGAGAUACUCUAUGGGUCAAGAACUGACCCUUAACUCUCCCACCUACAUCCACAGUUAGCAUGGGCUUAGCCCUGCACUGAGACAUUAGACAGACUCAGUGCAUGGAUAGCAGUGGAAUAAACAACCUCUAAUUCACACUAUAGUAAGUAGAUCAUUAGGCCUAUGACUUAGUUAUAACAGCAUUGUAACUGCUAUUAAUUAAAGGCAGUUUAAACUGUAGAUAAACCUCAAUGCAGCAUAACCAGACAGGCAUUAGAAUGGAAUCCACUGGUCAAGAGACAGGCUGGCAGUACCCGAGAGACAUGCUGAGGAACCAAUGAGGAAGGAAUGAAAGAGGUAGUGACCACCUGGGAUGAGGUGAGGUUAAAAUAGCACACAACAGAAUAACAUAACACUGGAGAGGUUUUGUUGAGGCCCUCUGCUCUGCUCUGCUCCACCAGGAGCUUAAAUGGAGAGAAGUUAGAUGGGUUUUGUAAGUCCCAAGGUAUUGGAGGAUAUGGUGCCUAAGUUAUGUGUAAGAUUGACAUUCACAGGGUUGAAAUGUACCCCUGUCAUUGGGGAAGACCCUAGACCAGGUAUUAACAUAUUGUUCAUUAUGGAGCAGACAGACUAUGCAAAGCACAUCAUGUGAAGUAGGGUGAAAGGUCACAUCAAAAGAGAAUCUCAUCUUGAGACUGUGCAAGCACAUAGGUGUCAGCACAUUAUUGAUUACAGAGAAUGAGAGGCAUUAUACAAUUUAGUAUGCAAGUGAUUUUGAGCCAUUUCUGUGUCAUAGAGCGAGGGAAUGAGAUAGAGGCUAUCACUAGGCCUGGAGUUGAUGUAGCUAGGCUGAAGUCCCAGUAUAAAAUGGUUGCUGACUAGUUCAGAGUGUCAGUCAGGAACUGAUUCCUUCAAUCCAAAUUCAGUGACUUCAGACACCAAGUUAAAGUGGACUGAGACUAUAAAAACCUGUUCACCAUGUUGUUUAGAUAGCUCUGUCCUGGCCCUGUGAUUCAGAGACCAGUAGACAGCAGAGCUUAGAAGAGCCAAAGGUAGAGUGUGGCAACACAACAGAGUCAGCCAGUGGGCUAUGGAGCUCUUAGUGUUGUUGAUUGUGACACACACCCAGAGGCAACCAAGCUCAUAUGUGUUAAUUUAUGUAAACAAAAUGACUUUUGUGCCAAAAAGUACUUUUUUUUAUGAUGCGUCUUCUGUUUUCAUCCUAUCCAACACAACUGUCACGUCAAAUCAAUGUCUUGUGUUUAAUGGGCCUGACUGAUUCAGCAUGUACUGUACCAAACAGCAUGUGCUUAGGCUAUUCAUAAUGUAGUGCAUAUGAAAGCUGCCAUAGUUACAACCAUCACCUCUGGUUUAAUGACACUAAUGACUGUAAAAUGGGUUUUACUAACAUAGAGCAAAGGGUCACACAGCGGUUAUGGACCAGUCAAUGGAGGAAUGUGUUUUUUUUUUUUUAACUACUGUAGAAACCGAUAUUGUUAAAGGAUAGAACCUGCAGAAUAUUUUAUAAUCCAAAAGUGAGGACUUUUAUUCAGGCAUUACAAUACCCAGUAACAGGUAUAUGUUUUCAGCUGUUCAUGAUUGGAAAUAAAUAAUAAUUCUACAUUUAAAAUGUAAGAAUAUCAAUUUAAUAUUCCAAAGAUGUUGCUAUGUCAGUGCAAAAUUGUGGUAAAUAUGAACUAUUGCAACAUUGUGGAAUUGUGGAAUGUAGUGAUACAAGUAUUCCAAAACAAUUUCUAAGUAAAACUGUUUUAUUUAAGUUUAUUCUAGAUAUUGAAUUUUAUACAAGGGACUUACAAUUUCAAAAACAAUUGACAAAGUAGCUGUCCAAAGAGCAUACUGCUAAAGGACUGCCAUGGUGGCUGAUUGUAUAUAAUGUACAUUUGUAUUGUAUUUGAGAAGACUGGUGAAAGUUGUAUCAUUGUGGUGAAAGUGCAGAACCAGCAAACACCUUGAGAAUGCGUUGUUUUUGCACAGAAUGUUGGAAAGACUUAGUUUGGGAUACGGAUGGGGAUUUUGUUGAGAAUUAUGUAUUAGGUUUUCAACUUAUUUUUUCAUGCCUUUAAGCAAAAUGAAAGAAUCAAGAGUUGUGCUUCUUGGGAUACUAAAUGUGUUCUCCUGUCCUUGUGACAUUACUUAAUCACAUGGAUAACCAGGUAGCAGCAGCAUCACCUGCAUGAUAGGUACGACAGAAUAGACUGUAGAACUCUACUGAGCAUGCUGAACAAUACUAUUACAACACUUUGAGUGAAUUCCUUUCGAUUAUGGCCAGUAUCAGUACAAUAACUCUGUUAGAAUGGCUUCAACUUCAGUCACAAUGUAUUUCUGUGUUGACACUAUUGCAAACACUAUUGCAAACACCAUUGAAUUAUAGUCUCAACUUGUACAGAAAUCCCAUACUGCUAAUGUCUACACAACUCUUGUGAACUCCAUCAGGGUUUCAAAGACUCAAAGUGUAACAAACAUGGGAGGAGAAGAAGUUGAAACAUUGUUUUGACAACUGAACAUUUCAAAUGUAUGAUUAUUUUUUGUUUUGUGACAAAGAUUGCAAGUUAAGAAAUGGCAGCUUGGAUCAGUUGAGUAAAGUUAUCUAAACUCAAUAAUACAUUAGCCGAAUGCAGAACAAAAUCAGCCUGAAUAUCUAGCAUAAUAGGUUCAGACAUGCAGCAUACAAAUCUCUUUUGUUUGAUCACUGCUCGAAAUUAAUAUAUCCUUACAUAAGGUUUUUGAGACUGCAGUUAUAAGUUGCAGUAAGGCACCUCUGUCAGUUGAAGAACAACUUCAGUCAAGCCUUCUAUUUGUGACAGUGUACCAAGUUUCUCUGACUCAUGUCAACAUGUCUUGUAAGUUUGUAUGUAAAAGUGCUUUGUAAAUUGAGCUGCCAAUGUAAAAAGCUCUUGUGAACCGUAUUUUUUUAUAUUAUACAUCACUACUCUUUCAGUUGUUUUUAUUGUUCUGUACAUAAAAGCACUUUAUUUAAAUUUUUCAAAUAAAGAUAAAUGGAAACA